AUGAGAGCCCUCGAUGACGCCCAAUCGAGAUGGGCCGAGACACUGAAGAAUGCCGGGAAUUUUCCCGAGCUGCAACAUGCCGUCAGGUACAACGGACCUCUGAGCCCAUGCAUCACAGGUCUCAGGUCGGUGUGCUGGAAGGCCUUCCUGCUACUGCAAGAUGUUGAACCUUCAGACUGGUCACGCCAAGUCUCAGAGCUGCGCAGCUUUUACUCCCAACGGCAGGACCACUUCCUUAAGUUCAUCAAGCACCCCGAGGAGCUGGCCAAGGUGGCCGUCGACCCGUUGACCGACGACCCUGAGUCACCGUGGAACACUGUGCGGCAAGACGAGAUUAUCAGGGCGGAAAUCGCGCAGGACGUUCGCCGCCUGCCUGAUGAACCCUUCUACCACGAGGAGCGGACCCAGACACUCAUCAUCGAUGCGCUGUUUGUUUACUGCAAGCUGCACCCCAAUAGCGGCGGCUACCGCCAGGGCAUGCACGAGCUCCUGGCGCCUAUAGCAUACGUCAUCAACCAGGACGCGCUCGACCGUGAGGCCAUUGCUGCCAGCGGCCAGCCGGUCGAUGAAACAAUGCUUGGCAUGCUCGACUCGUCCUUUAUUGAACACGACACAUUUGCCUUGUUUUCCAAGAUUAUGGAGAAUGCCAAGUCGUUUUACGAAGUCAAAGACUCCAUCUCCAAGGCGGCCUUGGCGUCCGCUUCCCGAGAUCGCGUAGAAUCGUCGGCCAUUGUCGAGAAGAGCAAAUACAUCCACGAGGUGUGCUUGGCCAAGGUCGACCCCGAGCUCGCCAACCAUCUAAAAGACAUUGAGAUCUUACCGCAAAUAUUCCUCAUUCGUUGGAUUCGCCUUCUGUUCGGUCGCGAAUUCCCAUUUGACGAGAUGCUUGUGCUUUGGGAUACCAUAUUUGCUGUCGAUCCGUCUCUAAGCUUGAUAGAUCUGAUCUGUGUUGCCAUGCUUCUAAGGAUUCGUUGGAGUCUGCUCGAGGCGGACUAUUCCGUGUGCCUGCAGUUGCUCCUUAAGUAUCCCGCGCCAGAAGCUCCCCAUGGGCCUCACACAUUCGUAGACGACGCUGUAUAUCUGAGAACACAUCUUAACGUCUCGGGGGGCGUCUCGCUCCUCUUGAAGUACACGGGAAAGAUGCCGAGCACAACGCAAUCUGCGAGUAGUUCGCGGCCCACGACGCCGAUGGGCCAGGCGUUUUCGUCCUUCAGGAACCGGACCAAAGGCGGCCACUCGCCAAUCCCCUCGGCAAGUAGGUUCAUUCAGCAGCAGGGCGGGGUGGAAGCUCUGUUUCAGGGCGCCGCGAAAAGCGUGCUCGAGCGGGGCGAGAAGCUCGGUAUCAACCAGGCCGUACGUGACGCCAUGGGCGACAUCAAGAGAAACAUGCAAGGCCUGAACGAAGUGCGCUAUACGCCUCGAACGGCGAGACAGCUGCUGGGCGACGACUCGGCCACCCAAGCCAUUGCCGCGCUGGAGCAACGGAAUAGGCUGUUGGCGAGCAUGCUGGACGAGACGGUAACAAGCCUCCGGUCUCUGGCCACUUCCAACCUCGACGACAAGGUCAAGACGCUGGAGCUCGUCGAGGUGGCAGCAGCCAAGGUCCAGUUCGUGAAGGUGUACCUAGAAGACCCAACGAUGGAGGUCCCGGAGCUCGAGGGCUUCACCAGCCCGCCGCCCGAGGAAUCCAGAGGAGAAAACUCGAUGGACGUAGAGCCAGGCGGAGAAGCGGCCGCUGAGGCCGCUGCUGCCGCCGAAAACGUGGCCGGUGCCAUCACAACGCUGUCUCUGGCAGAUCCCGGGAAAACCAAAACGCCGCCGGCCUCGACAUCACCCCUUCCGGAGCCUAUGGAUACCGCGCAGGACGCACCCGCAGCCAAACCUUCUGAGCACCCGUCGGUGUCGGUAUCAAGCCCAAUUCCCGGGAGCCAUGCGGCCAAGUCACAAGAGCGGCCCCAACCGCCGAUCCCGACGCGGUCAACGCUCGCCCAGUCGUCCUUCUCGUGGAUGCUGGAGCCGGACCAAUCGCCGCACACGGCAUCGCCGCCGCAGCUGCCGAAGUCGAGCUCCGGAGGGGCGCACCGAAAGAAACCCUCGGGGAACAUCAGCAGGGAGCGCAACGCCUUUCUCUUUGGCGAAGUCGUCGCCGAUGCCGAUGACCAGGCCAAGCCGAUCAAGUCGGACGACAUCUUUGGGCUGCAACCCAUAGAGAAGCCAAAGUCCCCAUUCGCAUGA